CUACUUCUGCAUCAAUGGACAUUUGAUUUCAUCAAAUCCUGCGUUAGGUGAGUAAGACGCUUCACCUUUGUCGGAGUUCCUUUCUUUGUCUGCUGUAGAAACUAGAGUUUACCAAUGGACUCUGAAAGCGUCGUAGCUGUUGACGGGGCAGAUUGUGCUAUUGCAAAUGGUGGUGUGACAAUGGAAGGAGACAGUAGUAAUGGAAAUGGUACUUCAGAGAGUUUGGAAGGUUGUUCCACUCAGUAUCCUAUUGAGGCAUCUGAGGGCACACAGAAGGAACAAGUGGAUGACUCAAAACAGAUGAGAGGACAAAAGGUCCAAGGAAAAGUCAAGCAUGAGAAGACCUCUGGGGGCAAGAAUAUUCCAUCGGUCUUGGUGAAGACGAAAAAAGAUGGGAAAGCGGUGGCAUCAAAUGGUUCGGUUGCUCCAAACGUACAGCCGGUAAAGUCUCCUAAGAGCAAAUUGGGCAAUGGUAGACUGGCUCAUGUCACGAAGGGGAAGAAUGACUCUACACCAGCUGAAGCGACCAGGGACAAGCCAAAACUGAUAGCAACAAGGAAACAAGUCAAUGAUACAUCUGAAGAUGAUGCGCAGUCUUCCAAUAGUCCAAAAGAAGAAGAUGGCAAACCUCGUCGAGCUAGUGUACUUCCAAAUUAUGGAUUCAGUUUUAGAUGUGACCAACGAGCUGAAAAAAGAAGAGAGUUCUAUUCAAAGCUUGAGGAAAAAAUCCAUGCGAAAGAAGAGGAAAAGAAUACUGUACAAGCCAAGUCCAAGGAAACCCAAGAAGCUGAGCUUAAGAUGCUAAGGAAGAGUCUGAACUUCAAAGCCACGCCAAUGCCUACCUUCUAUCAAGAACCCCAGCUACCUAAAAGAGAGUUAAAGAAGAUACCAACGACAAGACCAAAAUCUCCAAAACUCGGGCGGAAGAAGACCGAUUCUGGAGCAGAUUCUGAAGAAGCCAUUACUAUUCAAACCCCUCACAUAGGUAGGCUGAGCUUAGAUGAGAAAGCUCCUGUCGUCAAAGGAAGUGUUCCUGUUGAGACCAAGAAGCCACCAGUGCGCAAGUCACUUCCCAGGUUGCCUUCAGAAAAGACAAAUCUGUCCAACGGGAAGGUGGCUCCAGCAAAAGCUGUAACAGCCUCAACAAAGACAAAACCCGAAAGAAAGAAACCAGAUAAAGAUGGGGAUGCCCUAAGCCAGUCAAGUCCUGUAGGCGACAAUGCUGACCCAGAAGAUUCAAAAAAACAAGCUCCAAGAGUGGAUGAAGACAGAAACGAAUCUCACAUGGUAGUGGAAGAGGUUGUGGUUGAACCUUAAAACCUACGGUACGAUUGUUGUGACCACCAAAAUCGCAUUCAUGUAUCAGUUAAGGAGCUAAAAAGAAACAGUGUGAUAAAUGGAUGAAAUCAAACUGUUUAUUCAGA